AUGGAAUUUUCCUGCGUCUUCCCCCCUGGUCCAUUUGAACAAAGUACUGCGGCUUCCGAUACGUUCAUUAUGCCUGACGGAAGUUGGGGAUUACCUGCAUUCCACGAAGACUGGGCCCCAUUAGGUAGACAGGCCUUCGGAACCCCAUCCCCGAGCGAGGCGAGCGGAUAUGCGACCCAGCCAGAACGGGAACUUGAGACGGAGGUGGAGACGCUCUCACAACAAGCACCAGACAAUCUGUAUCAGCAAAUGAGUAUGCAUACAUGUGUCUCGCGCCCUUGA